AUGCUGUCGUCGUUCAACCCAUUCAACUCGGUGACAGGGAGGAACGCCUUUACCCUAUUUGACGUCCGCCUUGACAAUGACUUCAUUGUCUUUCGUGGGAAUGAGCAUGAGUCCUCUGGCCAAUUGUUGAAGGGCAUGGUUGUCUUGUGUUUGCCGUCGUCCCUGAAGAUCGAGGAUGUCCACCUCAGAUUAACUGGUACUAUGAGAUUAACGGUAAUGCAGGUGGAGCGACUUGAGACCGACAGCCACAGGCGCAUCGAAUCAGAAAGUCGACAAGACAACAAGACAACAACAAUCCUCACCCACAGAUGGCGGCCGUUCGCAGGUAUAGGUGCGCCGGACCCGUCAUCUGGCCUACCAGCCACAAAGGGUGUCACGCUUGCUGCAGGGAACUAUGAAUGGCCUUUCGAGUUUAUGUUGCCUGGAGACACAUGUGAAAGCGUGGAGGGUAUGCCCGAGGCAAGCAUCACAUACAAGCUAAAGGCAACUGUGGCAAGAGGAAAGCUGUCCUACGACUUGCAUGCCUACAAGCGAUUGCGGGUUAUACGGACACUCGACUCCUCGGCACUCGAAUUCCACCAUGCUAUGAGUGUGGAGAAUAUCUGGCCGAAUAAGGUGGAAUACUCGAUUGUGGUGCCGCAGAAGGCUGUGGUUUUCGGCAGCUCUAUACCGUUGGAGACGAGGUUUACACCGUUGUUGAAGGGGCUGGACAUGGGCGACAUCAAGAUUAAGUUGGUCGAAGUUCACGACAUCAUACUGCGAGGGGCGGCCGGGCACACCUUGAGGCACCACAAGAAGGAGAGGGAAGUCGCUCAUUGGACCUUGACGAUGAACCGUGAGGAACAUUGGCGUGAUAUGAUUGAAGACACCGGCCAAGAAGGCUGGGUUUUGGAUGCAGCUCUCGACUUGCCCAGGAGGCUCGGCAAGUGUGUGCAAGAUGUCAAUGCUCACGGGAUCAAAGUUCGACACAAGCUCAAGUUGGUUGUGGCAUUGAAGAAUCCCGAUGGCCAUAUCUCAGAGCUCCGGGCAACUCUCCCGGUUACCAUAUUCAUCUCGCCAACCAUGCCCUUGGACGAGGAAGGGAACCUUGUCCGUCAGUUACCGCCAGGAAGGACGCCCGAGUCGACCAACGCCAUAAUUGCCCCGCCGGGAUAUGGAGAGCAUGUCCUUGACGAGCUCUACGACGAUGUCGACGCCAGUGGAAUGCAGACGCCAGGCGUUCAAUCGGGGGUAAACAGCCCGUUCUACGCCCACUCUCAUGCAGGCUCUGCCGAGAACCUGGCAGCAGCGCUGUCCAGUACGGCUGUUCCGCCAGCGGCUCUCUCGUCUAGGUUACAGAGCAUGUCGCUAGAGUCAUCGCACCGCAACAUCUCGCUGCAUUCCAGGGCUUCGGGCUCUGGAGGAGCCACGCCCCUUCAUGCCAACGAGACCAGUCAUUCAUCGUCACAAUCACACUCGGCGCCACUAUCGCGCCGGGCCAGUGGCGAGCACUCAUCAGGGUCCAAUACCCCCGAGCACGUCGAUUUCCCCGACCUUACCGAGCUGAGCAAAGUCCCGAGCUACCAGACAGCGGUGAGGACUCCCGUCCGCCCACUACAGAUCGCCCAGGGUUCCGCACUGCCCAAUUACGAGACCGCAAUGAGCGCUCCGGGGUCUCCUAUCCUCUCUCAUACCCCGGUUGCGGACGUUCUGGCCAUGAUUCCCGAGGUGUCAAACGAACACCGAGAGCCCAGUCUAGGUGAACCCAGGCCGACUACAGGGAGAAGACGGCAGUCGUCACUCGGCCUUUCAGCGUAUGCGGGUGACAUGGACGAACGGAGACGGCUAAUAAUACUACGGGCGCGAGAGCGUUGA